AUGGGUGACAGAUUAACUUUGGGCCUGAUGAAAGGACCUCGCCCCAAUCGUUGUGCAAAUGUUACACAUAUGCACGUUAACGACCAGCUAACCGAGGAACAAAUUGCAGAAUUCAAGGAGGCCUUCUCCCUUUUUGACAAAGAUAAUGAUGGUACUAUUACAACUAAAGAACUUGGUACUGUUAUGCGGUCUCUCGGUCAAAAUCCCACCGAAGCUGAAUUGCAAGAUAUGAUUAACGAGGUAGAUGCUGAUGGCAACGGUACAAUUGACUUUCCUGAAUUCUUAACGAUGAUGGCUCGUAAAAUGAAAGAUACCGAUUCUGAAGAAGAAAUCAAAGAAGCCUUCAAAGUUUUUGAUAAAGAUGGCAACGGAUUUAUUUCAGCUGCUGAAUUGAGGCAUGUCAUGACUAACCUUGGUGAAAAGCUUACUGAUGAAGAAGUCGAUGAAAUGAUUCGUGAAGCUGACGUCGAUGGUGACGGCCAAAUUAACUACGAAGAGUUUGUCAAGAUGAUGAUGACCAACAAAGAAGUCAUGGCAGGAGUUCAAGCCUUUCGAACUGUGAAAAUAAAUGUGAAUUAUGAACAGGAUAAAAAGAAUGUAAAGCUUUUCUUAGAAGCUUUUCAAUCAAGGAGUCUAGCAGGCCAAGAUGAGUCUAUGGACAUUGAUGUGGAAAAUGAUGAUCUAAAUUCCUACAAGUAUAGAAAGCAGCUUCAAGCUAUAGCAAAUAGAGAGCAAGAUAUUCUUGUUAUCGAGUUGGACGAUAUUGCUGAAUGGGAAGACAAAGCCGAGGGUGGCUUACUUCAUAGAAUCCAAGAAAACACGCGUCGUUACAUUAAAAUGUUUUAUGAUGUAAUUUAUAAAAAAGGAAAUGGGUUAAUGCCCACACCCGAAAGAGAAAUUAACUUUGACGAUGAUGUUAUCGACGUGAUCAUGCAACAUCGAAGAGACAAAGAUAGUCGAAGAUCUGAAGCAGAUCGAACUUCUUUCCCGCCAUCAUUGACAAGAAGAUAUACCUUAUAUUUUAAACCGUUGUCAUCUGAUAAACCCUAUUCUAUACGUGGUGUGAAUGGUAGUUGCGUCGGCCAUUUAGUGACUGUCCAAGGCAUAAUUACUCGCGUUUGUGAUGUAAAGCCAUUCUUAAUGGUCGCUGGUUUUUCAUGUGAAAUGUGUGGUGAAGAGGUGUUCGAAGAAGUAACGAGAAAAACUUAUUUGCCACGCAUUGAGUGCCCAUCGGAGUCUUGUAAGACCAAUAACGUGAAAGGCAAAUUGUACAUGCAGACGCGCUCUUGUAAAUUUGUACCAUUUCAAGAAGUCAAAAUGCAAGAAUUGACUGAACAAGUUCCAAUAGGGCAUAUUCCUCGAGCGAUGACCAUCUUGUUAUAUGGUCCUUUGACGCGUUCAGUAAAUCCCGGUGAUGUAGUAAAUAUAUCUGGAAUAUUUCAAGCCACACCACAUUCUGGAUAUAAGGGAGGCAAUACUCUAUUGACAGAUGUUUACCUUGAAGGUCAAUAUGUUCAUCAACUUAAGAAGCAAUACGAUAAAAUGGAAAAAAUUCCAGAAAUUCAAAAAAAGGUGCACAGACUUGCUAAGGAUCCCGAAGUUUAUACUAAAUUAUCAAGAAGUAUCGCUCCAGAAAUAUAUGGCCACGAAGAUGUAAAAAAAGCAUUAUUAUUAUUGCUCGUUGGUGGCGUAACAAAAACGAUGAGAGAUGGAAUGAAAAUUCGUGGCGAUAUAAAUAUAUGUUUAAUGGGAGAUCCGGGUGUUGCCAAAUCACAAUUACUCAAAUACAUAUGUAAAGUUGCACCACGAGGGGUGUAUACUACUGGACGUGGUAGUUCAGGCGUGGGUUUAACAGCAUCAGUAGAGCGAGAUCCGGUUACGAACGAAAUGGUACUUGUUUAUACUUUUAAUCUAUUUGAAAUGUUAGAGGGUGGUGCAUUGGUUCUUGCGGAUAAUGGCAUUUGUUGCAUUGACGAAUUUGACAAGAUGGAAGAUGCAGAUCGAUCAUCCAUUCACGAAGUGAUGGAACAACAAACUAUCAGUAUCAGCAAAGCGGGUAUCACAACUACAUUGAAUGCGCGCACGUCAAUUCUUGCUGCUGCGAACCCACUUUACGGACGAUAUAAUCCAAAAGUAUCCCCGAGUCAUAAUAUAAACCUUCCUGCGGCUCUUUUGUCGAGAUUUGAUAUUCUGUUUUUGAUCCUGGAUAGGCCAGAUAUGGAUGAAGAUGCGAGAUUGGCGCAUCAUGUGGCACACGUUCACAUGCAUGGUAAGCAACCCCGAACGGAUACCGAAGUCCUUGAUGCUGAUACGAUCAGACAUUACAUUGCUGAAGCUCGUAGUAAACGGCCAGUUAUUCCAGAGGCAAUAGCAGAACAUAUAGUUGAUUCGUAUUGCGAUAAUCGACAAGAACAAAAAAUCGCCGAAGCACGAAAGAAAGAAUUCACUUAUACAAGUGCUCGUACGCUUUUGGCAGUGAUUCGAUUAUCACAAGCAUUGGCACGUCUUCGACUUGAAGACGAAGUUAAAAAAUCUGAUAUUGAUGAGGCAUUAAGAUUACUUAUGGUGUCAAAAGAAUCAUUAAAUGAUCCAGCAGACAGAGAAGCUAGAACUGAUAGAUCACCAACAUCUGCUAUUUAUGAUAUUAUCAUAACAAUGUUUCGAAGAGGUAGAACCAACGGUACGCUUAAUUAUCUCGAUAUCAAAGGUAGGGUGAUCGCGCAAGCAUUCACAGAAGAUCAGUUGAAAGAAUGUAUCAAAGAGUAUGAAGAAAUUGGCAUUUGGGCGUUGAACAAUGAGCAAACAGUUUUAAGAUUGCUUCAGGAUGAUGAUCAGUUUGAAGACGAUCAGAACGAAAAUGAAGAUUUAUAA